UUGGCUUCCAGCCGUUGAUUUUGAAAAAGAUUCAAGAGAUAUUCCUUCUUGGAUAAACCCUAAAAACAGAACAUGGCGAUGGUGCUCAAGCUCUCUCCCGCGUCGAGUGUCGGUCCGAUUGGAUCGCGCAUCUCGCUGCAUUGCUCUUCUUCUUCCUCUCUUCCCGGCGCGAUUUUCUUGCGCAGGAGGAGAUCGAUUGUUUCUGCCAGCUCGUCGGCGGCGUCUGCGAAUUCGUCGCGAUCUUCGUCUCCGGCGCCCAGUCUCAGUGAUUUGGUGUGGCCAUCGGCAGGCGCGUUUGCGUCCAUGGCCGCGAUGAGCGUCCUGGACAAGCAUCUCCAGCAAAAGGGGCUCUCCUUCCUCAUCGCUCCUUUUGGCGCCGUGUGCUGCGUGCUCUUUGCCACUCCCAAUGCUCCGGCAGCUCAAAGAUAUAACGUGUUGAUGGCACAUAUGGGCUGUUCUUUGAUCGGCGUGUUGGCUCUAGCGGCAUUUGGCCCUGGAUGGAUGGCCAGAAGCGUUGCUCUCUCGGCUUCCAUCGUGUUUAUGGAGAUCACGAAGUGUCUCCAUCCUCCAGCUGCUGGACUGCCACUGCUCUUCAUCGAUGGACCCAAGUUCCAUCACCUACAGUGGUGGUACAUCCUAUUCCCGAGCACAUUGGGCUGCCUUUUGCUAAUUGUCAUGCAAGAAGCUGUCAAGUUUCUCAAAGACAACGCAAAAUUUUAAUCCCAUUCAGUGGCAUCCACAAAUAACUGCUCGAAUGCAAUAGAAGACAACAACAGACUGGAGCGCUUGCUCACAGCCGGGUGCCAAACCAGUGUUUAUACACCAAUCUCUUCCGCCCCCACGUCCACCAGAUUGGCCGCGCAACCACGCGGGGAUGCUUCUCACGCUUUGGCCGCUUGGAUGCUACAACCAUCCACGAAGUCAAAGUUGUGCACGUUAACACCGUCAGUGGCACUCGAGAAAACAGGACGUACGUAAGAAACAAGCAGCUAUACAGGACCGGAAGCAGCUACCUCUCUGAAAGCGUUGGAAGUAUCAAUUCGUUUGUUCCGCCAAAAGGGAAACAACUUAUCAAUCGCAGGCCUCUCCGGAUGGAAAUUACAGGCAGGAAAAGUUUCACUCGGGACGCAGCAGUGAAGCACUGUGGGAGUCAGCUAGCGGCAUUCACUCUCCCUGGAUUUGAGAACGAAGCAGCAUACAUGCUCCUCGCCCGGUUCAAAAGGAGUGGAAUGGAGGCUAUCUAGACGGGCAAGCUUUUCCAACGAAGCAGGUCAUCCAACUUCGGCAGCAGGUAGAAGAGGCUCUGCCCAAAAAGUAGAGCCGGAUGAGCGCAAGAAGAACAAAAAAUGGAAGACAGAAAAAAGAGAGGCAAAAACAAACUGGCAGGAGCAAGAAUUCGGAGUAAAACAAGGAAAUAAAAAGAAAAGCUUGGCUCACCUUUCAAGUGCC